CGAUUUCAUCCGCACAACGAGCGAUGGCGGAACAAGCAUUUGUCGGCGCAGGCCAACGCCCGGGCCUUGUGGCGUGGCGUAUUGAGAAAUUGGUCCCUGUGCCCGUGACCAAGGACCUGCACAAGCUCCACACCGGCGACUCGUACAUCUUCCUCCAAACGACCCAAAAGAAUAACGCUUUGACGUGGAACAUCCACUUCUGGCUGGGCAAAGAUACGUCCCAAGACGAAAGCGGUGUUGCGGCAUACAAGACCGUCGAACUCGAUGAGGCGCUUGGUGGUGGCCCUGUGCAAUAUCGCGAAUGCCAGGGUUUUGAAAGCGACUUGUUCUUGUCGUAUUUCAAGAACACGGGUGUUGAGUACUUGCCGGGCGGUGUUGACAGCGGGUUCAACAAGGUUGUCCGUGACCAAUACGAAACCAAGCUUCUCCAAGUCAAGGGUAAGCGCACCGUGCGUGUUAACCAAGUGCCCACCAAGAACACGUCCCUUACCAAAGACGACGUGUACAUUUUGGACCUCGGUUUGGAAAUCUUUGUGUACAACGGCGCCACUGCCAAUCGUCAAGAAAAGGCCAAGGCAUUGGACUACGUCCGCCAAUUGAACAAUAACGAGCGAGGCGCGCGCGCCCAAAUUACGUUUUUGGACGACGAACCCAAAAAUGACAAAUUCUGGAGCACUUUGGGUGGCUUCAUCAACGUGACCAAGGAAGGUGGGGAUGACGACGCUCACGACCAAGCUCACCGCGAGUCGAUCAAGUUGAUUCAACUCAGCGACGCUUCUUCGUCGUUGAAGACCGUCGAUGUGACGCCCAAGGACGGCAUCUUGAAGAAGGACCUGUUGAAUUCGAACGAUGUGUUCAUUGUUGACGCUGGCAACGUACUUCACGUCUGGAUUGGCCGUGGCGCGUCUGCGGACGAGCGCAAGAACGGCGUGAUCUACGCGUCACAGUACUUGACACAAACCAAGCGUCCUCCGCAAACUCCCAUCACCCGUGUGGCGGAAGGCGGCGAAGGCGCAGCGUUCAAGGCGCUUUUCCGCGCAUGGGACCCUCCCCGAACGAUUUCGUUUGGCCAACAGCCGUCGGCAACCUCGAACAACCCUGCUGUAGAUCGCCCGGGUGUGGAUGCCUCGGCCCUCUUUUCGUCGUCGGCAGCUGAAGACGACGACUUGUUUGCCGGUCAAGAAGGCACCAACUCAGUCAAGGUGUGGCGCAUUGAAAACCUGGAAAAGGUCGAAGUCGAAACGAACACGUACGGCCAAUUCUUCGGUGGCGACUCGUACGUCGUGUUGAACACGUUUACGCCCAAGAGCGGUGCCAAGCAGUCUCAUGUGAUUUACUUCUGGCAAGGUCGCCAAUCGUCGCAGGACGAAAAGGCCGCAAGUGCGCUAUGGGCACAACGUUUGGACGACGAAAUGGGCGGGUCCCCUGUUCAAGUGCGUGUUGUGCAAGGAAAGGAGCCAUCGCACUUCCGCCGAUUGUUCCUGGGUAAGCUGAUCGUACACGCGGGCGGCAAGGCGAGCGGGUUCAAGAACCGCAACGACGAAGACUCGUACGACAACGACGGCGUUUCCCUCUUCCACAUCAAGGGGACGUCUGAACUCAACACGUUUGCCACGCAAGUCGAUGAAAUCGCGGCCAACUUGAACUCAGGCGACGUGUUUGUGUUGACGACGCCCAAGGUCGUGUACCAGUGGCAAGGGUCUGGGUCGAACUCGGAAGAACGCCGCGUCGCGGCCAACAUUGUGUCGAUUCUCAAGGGGCAUCGCCCCGUGACGGUCGUUGACGAAGGCAACGCGGACGACGCGUUCUGGGCUUUCUUGGGCGGUAAGACCGACUACCCCAAGGUCAAGGCUGGCCAAGAAGCCGAACACGAACCUCGCCUCUUCCACGUCACCAACGAGACGGGCUACUUCAAUGCGUCCGAAAUCCACUCGUUUGCCCAGGACGACUUGAAUGUUGACGACGUCUUCCUCCUGGAUUGCUACACGACUCUCUACAUGUGGGUCGGCCAAGGCGCGAACGAAACGGAAAAGCAUGGCGCCUUGAAGAUAGCGAACGACUACCUGGCCGCUGCCCAAAGCGACGGCCGUGGCGAAGGCACACCGAUCAUCACGGUCCAGUCGGGCAAGGAACCUUCCAUCUUCACAUGCCACUUUGCCGGAUGGGACCCUAAGUUCUUCCACCUACCUGCGUUUAUCGACCCGUACGAGGCGAAGCUGCAAAAAAUCCGUGAAGAAAAGGCCAAGGCCGCCGGUGUGGCUACCCCUGCUGCUGCUCCCGUGCGCACGCCACCUGCCCCCGUAGCUGUCGCGGCGGUCGGAGAGAACCAAAAGUUCACGUUGGAGCAACUCGUGGCUGGCGUCGAAGGCAUCGACUUGACACGGAAGGAAUCGUACUUGAGCGACGCUGAGUUCAAGACUGUGUUUGGCAUCACGCGCGGCGAAUUUGACGCAUUGCCCAAGUGGAAGCAACAGGCAAAGAAGAAGGAAGUCCGACUGUUCUAAGCGUCGCCAGUCGAUUCCGUCCGUCAUGCUGCGGCAAACGUUGACUAAUUAGAGCAAGUUCAUGUGUGAGCAAGUAAAUGCUACGAGUUACUAUUAAUAUUUGCCGGUCAUUAAGAAGUAGAGCAGAAUAAACACAACGAUGACAAAACCAACGAGCAACCACAUGUGCUUGCCCCCGCCUGUCUCCA